AUGGGUAAAAAGAAACCAAAUAAAUUAUUGGUUGUUGUCGAUGAUGAUAAAGAAGAAGAUGAUAAUGUAGUUCAAAAGAAAGAAGAGGAAGAAGGCGAAAAUGAAAAAGUAGGAGAUGAUGUCGAAAAUGAUGAAGAUAACGAUGAUGAUGAUGAUUCAAAGUUAGAAUCGAAAGGAAAGAUGGUUCAAAGACAUAAGAUGGAGUUGAAGAAACUACAGCAACAAAUCGAUAAGAUGGCACACUCUGUACCAAAGAAAGAUAAGAAAGCAAAGGAUGAAAUGGCCGUCAAGACAAAGAAGAUGGAAGAUGAACUACUCGCUAAACACAAACAAGAGAUGAGCAGAUUCGAUGAAGAACAGAAAAAAGUCGAACAAGGCAUCAACGAUCUCUUGAUUUCCAACAACUCUGAAUCAAAGGGUCCAUCCAAGACACAGCUCAAGAAACAAAAGAAAUUAGAAGAGGAGGAAGCACGUGCCAAGCAACUCGAAGAGGAUAGGAAGAAUCAUAUCUCAAAGGGUUCAAUUGAAUUUGCUGAUUUCGCAAAGAAAUUGACACCAUUAUCACUUACUCUUAAACAUAUAAGAUCAGAUGGUGAUUGUUUAUAUAAUGCAAUUGCUAAUCAGUUGUUGGUGAAUGGCGCUAUUGCAGAGAAAGAUAUCAAUGGAUAUCAAAAGAAACUGAGGCUGUUGGCUGCUAAUUAUAUUCGUGCAAACACCGACGAGUUUCUACCGUUUGUAUUGGCAGAGGAUGACUUUGAGGAAUCUGAUAAUCCAGUUGAAGAGUACUGUCAGAGUACUGUAUUGAAAGACGGUAAAUGGGGUGGACACUUGGAACUAAAAGCAAUCUCUCACUCACUAAAAACACCAAUCGUUAUUUACAAUGCUUAUUCACCUGAUAUUAUUAUUGGUGAAGAAUUCUUUAAACCAGCAACUACUACAACAACAAGUACUACUGCUACUUCAACAUCGUCAUCAUCAUCAUCAUCAAAUAACAAUCAAGUUAAACCAAUCAAUCUAUCAUAUCAUAAACAUGCAUUCACACUUGGUGAACAUUAUAACAGUGUAAUACCAUUACCACCAGCAACAACAACAACAGAUGAAUAA